UUCGCUGUCAAAAUUACUGUCGGCUAAAAGAAUGUUCGUCGAUGCAGGCAGAAAUCCUAUUUUUAGACUAUCCUGCACUCGUUAGAUGAACAAGUUCGUUAUAUUUUAUUAGUAUCAGUAGUACAGAUUUAAUGCAGAAUAGAAAUAUCUGUGUAGAGUGUAUUACGCCUUCUCUAUCGAUAUCUGGUGUGAGCGUGUUUUUUGAAUUUUGGCGGGUCUUUGUCUGCUGCUUCAAUCAGACGCGGCGACUCAGUCAAAGACUGAACGCAAUAAGAUAGCAGCAAAAAACGUCUGGUCGCGAAAUUUGACGAAGGAUUUGUGAAAACGGAGUUUUUUUUCCAACGUUUAAUUGUUCUUGUGUCACUGGGCCGUUGGCCAUUUGGCCACACAGAAUGGCGACGAUGGAGAAUUAUACAAAGAUAGAAAAGAUCGGGGAGGGAACCUACGGUGUCGUUUACAAGGGAAGAGAUAAGCGGUCAAACGAAAUCGUUGCAAUGAAGAAGAUCCGCCUGGAAAACGAGGAUGAAGGAGUUCCAUCGACAGCCAUCCGUGAAGUCUCGACACUGAAAGAGUUGCGCCACAAGAACAUCGUCAGUCUAAUGGAAACAGUAUUACCGGAAGGCAAGCUGUACCUGGUCUUCGAAUUUCUUAAAAUGGACCUCAAGCGCUACCUCGACACCUGUGUACCGAAAAAGGAAUUCCUGCCGGAACCCGUUAUUAGGCAGUUCAUGUACCAACUGCUGGACGCUAUCUUCUUUUGCCAUCAACGACGCAUUAUCCAUCGCGAUCUCAAGCCUCAAAACAUUCUCGUUGGCAAUAACGGCGACCUUAAGAUAGCGGACUUUGGUCUGGCGCGUUCUUUCAGUGUACCGGUUCGCGUUUACACCCAUGAGGUUGUUACGCUAUGGUAUCGCGCACCAGAGGUUCUUCUUGGUUCACCCCGAUACUGCACGCCCGUUGAUAUUUGGUCCCUUGGCUGUAUUUUUGCCGAACUGUACACGAAAAAGCCUUUGUUCCAUGGUGAUUCUGAAAUUGAUCAACUUUUUCGAAUCUUUCGCACAUUGGGCACCCCCCGCGAGGAAGAGUGGCCCGGUGUCUCAUCAAUGCCCGACUACAAGCCGCAUUUUCCCAACUGGCGGACGAACAUUCUAUCUGCAAACUGCGACGCCGUGAGGGGCCAUGCUCUUGAUUUGUUGCAGAAAUGCCUUGUCUAUAAUCCGGUCAAGCGGAUAACUGCGCGAGCAGCACUCGAGCACGCGUAUUUUGAAAACUUCGAUCCCGAAAGCCCGGUUAAAGUGCCGUAUGUCUAACGGAGACCAGCGCCGGGAGUGCGCGCCAUCAACUUGGGUUCGUAUCGUUUCCAAUUAACAUCAACGAUAUUGCUCCAUGGUACAUAAUGCGAUGCUCGCUUCUAUGAACAAAACCAACGACAGUAACCCCAACAAACCAGAUAUCUUACAAGUUUCAUAAAUAUUAGUGAAUCUGAGAAUAGAGACAAAAUGUUUUAAUGAGAUAGCAUCAGAGCUAAUGUAAAACGCUAUGGUCAGAAAUGAACUUUCGAUGAAAAAUGAGCAUUCGACAGCCAAAACAAGAUACAAAUAUACGCUGACUGGCAGAGUUGUGAAUUAGCGGGUUAUCGACGAAUAUAAAGGUACGACCUAAGCAAAUUAGGAUUAUCAUUCAUGUCACUCACAUUGGUUAGUAAUAAAAGAAACAAUUAGCUAUUGUCUCGCUAGUUAUUGCACUGCUCGUAUAAUUGACAACAUAGUUGUUAUUACGUAUAUACUUCUUCAAAACCGGACACACGCAUGCAUUGACUUGAAAUUUAGUUCAGGCAACAGACUUGGUCAUCGCUGGGGAAACGUACGUUUUCGUGAUGUUCUUAGAUUUUGGAUUGACGUCGUAAAUCAUGAGUUUUCAUUUAGGACAACAGAAAAAAGUAAUGGAUAAGCUAAUUAUACUGUCUGUUCGUUGUUGUGUAAAUUUAGAUAUAAGAUCGACUUACGUGUGGACACUUCAGACCCGUAGCUGAGUCUUUUUAAAGAGAUAGUGUUGUAUUGUCUCUAAAAAGAUACAGCAUCUACUGUAUGAUGGAUGGCAGAACUCUACGGGAAAAUCAGCGUACCGUAAAAUGCUCUCCAAGCAAAUAUAUUAUAAUAGGCAGUAUUACUUCAAUUUGACCAGCGCCCAGUACUGCACGGAAGCAAAGUAUCUCGCUGGCGCAACCGGAAUAAUGUAGCGAUGAAGUCCAACUUAACGGAUUCUACAUAUAAUAGACUACAAACAUGCUUAUAAUCGAACAAAAAAUAUGAUGCAAGCAAAAGACACUUAUGACAAUAUCCUUGCCUGUUCCCCCUUUAAGAGUAAAGUUUUAUUACGCUGCCUACAUGAUGUAACGUGGCGUGUGUUGCUAUCACCUGCCUUCAGCCCGUCUAGAAGUAAAAACGUUGCUUCAAGACUAAGUGGUACGAUGGGCAGUUACGAUGAUGCUGUGACUAGGUUUAGGAGAAAACAGAUAGCUCUUCUCGCUUCGGUCAGGAUACGUGUUGUAUAUUUGAUAAAAAUAGGGAAAAUUCGAGUCCAUGUAGUGAAAGGCCUCGGACACCGCCGCGCGCUAUAAUGAUAUUGAAACGCCGUCUAUUGCGGGACAUGACCACGGUUUGAAUGAACGACGGCGAGUAUCUAAAACACUGUAUAUUACUGCCUUGGAUGCCAACUAUAUAAAAAGUAUAUAUACACUGAUAAACUUAAUAAAUAUAUAAGCGCC